AUGGGCGCCUAUCUCUAUGGGCGCCUAUCUCUAUGGGUGCCUAUCUCUUUGGGCGCCUAUCUCUAUGGGCGCCUAUCUCUAGGGGUGCCUAUCUCUAGGGGCGCCUAUCUCUAUGGGCGCCUAUCUCUAUGGGCGCCUAUCUCUACGGGCGCCUAUCUCUAUGGGCGCCUAUCUCUAGGGGCACCUAUCUCUACUGGCGCCUAUCUCUAUGGGCGCCUAUCUCUAGGGGCGCCUAUCUCUAUGGGCGCCUAUCUCUAUGGGCGCCUAUCUGGGCGCCUAUCUCUAUGGGCGCCUAUCUUUAGCGGCGCCUAUCUCUUUAGGCGCCUAUCUCUAGGGGCGCCUAUCUCUAGUGGCGCCUAUCUCUAUGGGCGCCUAUGUCUAGGGGCGCCUAUCUCUAUGUGCGCCUAUCUCUAUGGGCGCCUAUCUCUAUGGGCGCCUAUCCCUAUGGGUGCCUAUCUCUUUGGGCGCCUAUCUCUAUGGGCGCCUAUCUCUAUGGGCGCCUAUCCCUAUGGGUGCCUAUCUCUUUGGGCGCCUAUCUCUAUGGGCGCCUAUCUCUAG